CUAUACUCUCUCUCUCUCUAUAUAUAUAUAUAUAUAUUCACACAUAUAUAAACUAUAUAUACAUACCCAAAUACACAAACCCCACAAGCACAAGGCACAGACUUUCUACAAUGGCUCUUGUGCACAAGCUUCAAUUCCAAUCUCCCGCUACACCCCAUUUCGGAACCCGCACCCACUUUAACCCAAAACCCAUUUCCUCUCUCCACCUCCAUUCUUCUUCUCCCUUCACAGAAAAACAUUCCAUCGAAAGAUACCAGAGAGACCAAUGGAUCUACCAGAACCAACAACAGCAACAACAACCCAUUUCUUCACCGGAUUUCGACUCGGCGAGAGAAAACGACAUCGCGUUGCAGCUGCCGGAGCUGAAGAAGCUCCUUGGCGUGCUGAGAGAGAAGAGGCGAGAGAGAGGAGGGUGUGGUGAGGGUGACGGUGAAGGGUGUUGGCCCGGGAAUGUGUUCUUGGUGGGGACAGGGCCGGGGGACCCGGAGCUUCUGACGAUGAAGGCGGUGAGAGUGAUAAAGGGCGCUGAUUUGUUGUUGUAUGAUCGGUUGGUGUCGAAUGAUGUUUUGGAUUUGGUUGGUGGUGAUGCUAAGCUUCUUUAUGUUGGGAAAACUGCUGGCUACCAUAGCAGAACCCAGGAGGAGAUACAUGAAUUGCUAUUGAGUUUUGCUGAAGCUGGGGCUACUGUUGUCAGACUUAAAGGAGGGGAUCCACUGGUGUUUGGGAGGGGUGGAGAGGAAAUGGAUUUUCUGCAACAACAAGGGAUUCAAGUUAAAGUUAUUCCAGGAAUCACUGCUGCUUCAGGAAUAGCUGCGGAGCUGGGGAUUCCAUUGACUCAACGAGGUAUGGCAAACAGUGUCAGAUUCCUCACGGGACACUCGAGGAAGGGAGGAACAGAUCCUCUGUUUGUAGCAGAGAAUGCAGCCGACCCUGAUACGACCUUGGUGGUUUAUAUGGGUUUGUCGACUCUCCCUUCUCUUGCAUUAAAGUUGAUGCAUCACGGUCUGCCAUCAAACACGCCGGCUGUUGCAGUGGAACGAGGCACCACGCCUCAACAACGCAUGGCCUUUGCGGAAUUGAAGGAUCUUGCCGGUGAGAUUGCGUCGGUAGAGUUGGUUUCUCCUACACUGAUCAUCAUUGGGAAAGUGGUCGCACUUUCGCCUUUUUGGCCGCACCCUGUAAAAGAGGCAUCUUCCUGCUUGACAGAGGUUUUAUAGCCAUUUCUGUGUAUUUGCAGAGGCUUCACAGAAAUUUGCCAUAAGACAGGUUAUUUUGGUUGUUAAAGCCUCUGGUCCACGAUGAAUACAUUCUUCCAUGGAGGAUCUUAGAGGUGCAGUAGUUACUGCCAACAAGACAAAUUUUUUUUUUUUUUUUUUUUUUUUUUGAGAUUAAUUGGAACAGAUUCUCUUCCAAUUAGGUAAACUCUAGUAAAGUAUAUACAGAUUCUUUUCGGGAGCAACGGAGUGAUCAGGACUUCGCUGCACCAGUCAAGUUUUGUACCGGAGAGGAAUUCAUAUUCAGUGCUCCGGAUCGCGAAUUAGACGUUUCGUUUGCUUGCAAGCAACCAGAGAGAGCAAGCCCUUUUGGCAUGAGGCUUACUACUAAUUAUUAAAGUUAGGAAUUCUUUCUGUGGUUCAUUAUCUGAUAAUUCUGAUUUGAUGUAAUGCUCAACUUUUUCUUCAAUAAUUAUUUCACAAUCUUACCAGCUAAAAUUUGCAGUAUUGGCUCUUAAGAGUGUCUAUGCCAGCUAAAAGUGCUAUAUGAGGAAAUUCUAGAUGGGAACUGUCAUUUUACCCUUUUUUUCUUUUUUGUUCUGAUUAUUGGUUUUGUAUGUAUAAAA